CUCGUUCACGAACGUCGCAACUACCGUCAAUCACGCCAUGGUCCUGUCCUGGUGACGCCCCACGCGUGGCAGCGAAGGUGGCGGAACGUUGCUUUGCUUUGGACGCCUCCUUCGGGAUGGACAGCGAGGACGAGGACGUGGAGGAGGUCGUGAAAGGUCCACUAGAUGAAGAUGGCCAACCUCAUGGACUGUGCACCGUCACCUACUCAUCCAGUGAUCGAUUUGAAGGGCACUUCACACAUGGAGAGAAGAAUGGGAAGGGCAAAUUCUUUUUCUUUGAUGGAAGCACCUUAGAGGGCUUCUACGUGGAUGAUGCACUUCAGGGUCAGGGUGUUUACACACAUGAAGAUGGGGGCAUGGUGCAUGGCGUGUAUGUGGAUGGGGAGCUCAACGGACCGGCUCAGGAGGUGGAUGGAGAAGGUCGACUAGUGUUUAAGGGCCAGUACAAAGACAACAUUCGCAAUGGGGAAUGCUGGGUGUACUAUCCUGAUGGCGGCUGUGUGUUUGGCAUGGUGAACGCGGACGGAGAGAUGACCGGAGAAUCUCUAGCGUACGUCUACCCUGAUGGACAAACAGCUCUUUAUGGACGUUAUGUGGAUGGGGAACUAAUCCAAGCUAUGCUCGCCACCCUGACCAUCAACAAGACUGGAAGGCCAUCUUUUGAGGUCACACCCAGGAGUGCUGUUUAUACACAUGACAAGUCCACGUCCACCUGUAUUGCUACCCACGCCUUGCUUCCUGACCCUUACGAGAGCCAGAAGGUUUUUGUGGCAGACUCCCUCAUCAAUGGAGCUGGCCAGGGUCUGUUUGCCAAGACAGAUGCAGAAAGAAACACAGUGAUGGCCUUUUAUAACGGAGUCAGAAUCACACACUCAGAGGUGGACAAAAGAGACUGGGCUUUGAACGGCAACACCAUCUCACUGGAUGAGGAUACUGUGAUUGAUGUCCCUCAGCCGUUUGACCAGACGGAGAGAUACUGUGCCUCUCUGGGUCACAAGGCAAACCACUCCUUCACCCCAAACUGCAAAUAUGAUGUGUUUAUUCACCCCCGUUUUAGGUUGAUCAAGUGCAUUCGAACAUUAAAGGCUGUGCAGAAAGAUGAGGAGCUGACCGUUGCCUAUGGUUACGAUCAUGAGGCGACUGGAAAGAAGGGUCUAGAAGCCCCUGACUGGUACAAGCAGGAGCUGCAUGCUUUCCAACAGAGACAGUCACUUCCUACAGCCUACUGAUGAUGCAGAUAUUCGUUUUGGACAGUAAAUCCACAAAAAUACUCACUUGUUAUCUUCUGUAGCAACACAAAAGUAUACAAUGUGAGUAUGCAAAGUAUCAUGUUUGGAAAUAGUAAACCUUUGUGUUUUAAGGAGAAAGCAACAAAAGUUUUUAACAUACGAUUAAAAAAUUACAAGCUUUUAA